GGCCUGCCUGUUCCUCCAUUCUCCGGCCAUCAAAGAACCCCAACGCCGGAAUCCUAACCCUAACUCUAAUUCCCUCUCCUCCUCUCCUCCCAUGGCGUCCUCCUCCUCUUCCACCGGGAGCGACCGCGAUGAGGCCCUCGACGAGGACAUGGAGGCUCUGAGGAGGGCCUGCAUGCUGACCGGCGCCAAGCCGGUCGUCGUCGACGACUCCGACUCCGAUUCUGGCGGGGAGAGCAGCAGCACCGAUGACAUCGAUCUCCUCCACCGCCUCCAGGAGCGAUUCUACGUUCCUUCCUCGGAUGCCGAUUCCCUGCCCUUCAUCAAACCCCUCAGCUCUCGCCCGCCACCCGAUUCUGAUGAGGAGGAUGAUUUCGAAACCCUACGGGCCAUCCAGAAGAGGUUCACCCAGUAUGAGAGCGAUGUUGUUGGAAGGAAUUCUCAGAACUCCAUACAAGAUACUGAGAUGGUUGUUGGUGAUACGACAUCUGAACAAGAAACUCAUAAUACAUUGCCCAAGAAUGGGAAAAGCAUGGUACUGAGUGAAGAGCUUUUUGCUUCUGGAUUCACUGAACAUGCUGAGGAUGGAGCAUGCAAUGUAAAUAUUGGGGGUUUCAUGAAAUCUCAGUUCCCAAAGUCUGCAAAGUUCUUUGUUGAUGCCCUCAAGAAGAACAGGUCAUGCCAGAAGUUUAUUAGGAGGAAGCUGAUAGAAAUUGAAGCAAAGAUUGAAGUAAAUAAGGAGCUGAAAGAACGCCUUCAAUGUCUUAUGGACUUUCAGGUUGCCUGCAAAAGGAAAGCAGGGCGUAUAUUAAGUCAGAAAAAGGAUCCUCGCGUCAGGCUAAUUUCAAUGCGAAAGCCAACGACCAUUAAAGAUUCCAAGGCCAGUUAUAAAAGAGUUUCUGCCUUGUGUCUUGGCCCAGCUGAGAACUCCCAUGUUUCCAAAUAUAAGAUGGUCCUUAAGACUUUCCCAGUCUCACUGAGAAAACAAACAUGGUCAAACAUGGAAAAGGAAAAACUUCCAAAGGGUAUAAAGCAACAAUAUCAAGAGAUGCUUAUUUUGAAUUCGAUGAAUUUUGAGAGUGAUAUAGAUUCAAAUUUAAUGUCUGCACUAUCAAGCAGUGAUCUUUAUAUCACACCAGAAAAAAUAAGGUCUUUCAUACCGUUAGUCAAUUGGGAUCGGUUGGCUUCUAUGUAUCUCACAGGUCGUUCUGGUGCAGAGUGUGAAGCAAGGUGGUUGAACUGUGAAGAUCCAAUGAUUAAUCACAACCCAUGGACCAUACUGGAGGAUAAGAAGCUUUUAUUUAUUGUCCAGGAAAGAGGGGUUUAUAAUUGGAUUGAUAUUUCAAUUGCAUUGGGAUCAAAUAGAACUCCCUUUCAGUGCCUGGCACGUUACCAACGGAGUCUUAAUCCUCAUAUUCUGAACAAGGAUUGGACAGAAGAUGAAGAUGCUAAACUUUGUGCAGCUGUAGAAAGUUUUGGUGAUAAUAACUGGCAGCUCGUGGCUUCUAAUCUAGAAGGCCGUACAGGUGCUCAAUGUUCUAAUAGGUGGAGAAAAUCCCUGAACCCUGAUAGGAGAAAGGUGGGGAGGUGGUCUGUGGAUGAGGACAAGCGUCUGAAAGUAGCAGUCAUGCUUUUUGGCGCCAAAAAUUGGAAUAAGAUAGCUCAGUUUGCCCCUGGUCGGACACAAGUUCAAUGCAGAGAAAGGUGGCUUAAUUGUCUAGAUCCAUCUUUGAAUCUGAAAGCAUGGACUGAAGAAGAAGAUGCCAAGCUAUUGGCAGCAAUAGCUGAACAUGGAUAUUGUUGGUCCAAGGUGGCAACUUGUGUGCCUCCACGUACUGAUAGCCAGUGUAGGAGGAGAUGGAAGGUUUUACUUCCUCAUGAAGUACCAUUACUCCAAGCUGCUAGGAAGAUGAAGAGAACUGUUCUUAUAUCCAAUUUUGUGGAUCGGGAGAGUGAACGGCCAACAAUUGGUCCCAAUGACUUCACGCCACUUGUAAAUUUUUCGGAGGCUGAAAAUAAUGAUAGUACGACACCUGGAAAGAAAAGAUCAAGUGAUAAUCAACCCAAGAAGUCUAGGGUUAAGUCCAGGAGAUCUUUUAAAGAGAAUUCUACAGCAGAUGGUGUGACAAAUUCUUCUACCAAUGCAGUUCCUACUGACUCAGCUCUUGUUUGUGGCAUAAAUUCUGAUACUGCUGGUGGUGGGAGCAGCAAGAGGUCAAGGAAGAAAAAAUCAAGUGAUGAUCAACCUAAGAAGUUGAGGGCUAGAUCAAGAAGAUCUGUUAAAGAAAAUGUAGCAGCAGAUGGGAAGGUAAAUUCUUCUGCUGACAAGGUUCCUUCAGGCGAAUCUCUUGUACAUAUUGUAAGUACUACUACUGCUGAAACUGGGAGAAUUAAGAGGACAAGGAAGAAGACACCGAGUGAUGAUCAACUCAAUAAUUCAAUGGUUAAAUCUAGAGGAUAUUGUAAAGAAGAUAUAAUGGCAGAUGGCAUGGUUAAUUCUUCUACUGAAAGAGCUCCUGCUUGCUUAUCUCUUGUAUGUAGUUCAAGUUCUAGUACUGCUGAAAAUGGGAGCAUUGAAGGAACUGGCAAAAGAACAUCAAGUGAUGGUGCCAUCCAAGAAGUCUAAUGCCAUAAAGAGAUGUCCAGCAGAAAAUAAAGUAACGGAGUGUGGGGAAUUGUCCUGAUGCUGAACAUAUGAGCAACAGUUCACUUGUUUCAAGGUUAGGGUCUCCAGCUGUUGGUAUCAGGCAUGCCAAGUGGGUAAGGUACCAGGCAUUAAGAGGAACUGGGGCUAGCAAUGAAGGGGUGAACUCUAGGUUCAACCACUGUUGUCUCGGUGCCAACAUCAUGUAUUUAAUUGAUCCACUGUUUUAACCCAAAAAGGAAAAAAAAUGAUCCACCUUUGAUGAGAGUUGUCACUGCCCUUUUUCUGGUUGCAUGAAGUGUAGAAACACACAAGCUUUUUGUCUUCACAAACAGGGCCUAGCCGAUGGUUUUGGAUGGUGCAGCCGAGGGUCUUGGAGGGCUCGUGAUAAUGCACUUUCUCAAGGCGAUCCAGCGGCUGUCAGCCUGAUAGUGGAUAUUUGAUGGCGAUUAGGGGGUGCACAUGGAGCUUAGAUAGAUAGGAGAACCAGAGUGUCAAUGCAAAGGAAUACACGGUUGAGGUUUGCAGUUUGUUUUGCAACUGCUGAGAAAAGGUGAAAGCAAAAAGGAAUUUCUGAGAGAGCGCUUUUGAUCUUGAUUGAUAUUGCUAUGCUAACGUGACUUUUGUGUCUGAUUGGUUUGCAAAGGAAAAUGCAAGAAAAGAAAAGGACAAUGAUUGACACAAA